CUCCCUCUCGUCCCAGCGCCGCCGGAAACAGCAAGCUCCCGCUUCGCCCCAGCCCCCAGCCCAAGAACUGGAGUGCGGCGCUCGCGCUCUUCCCGUCUCCUGUUCUGCGGCCGCCGCCACAAACCCUCUCUCACCGUUGGCGACCUCGCCGCCGUCGCCUUCAUCCUCUCCCCCGGCCUCUGCCGCUGCCGGACUGUCUUGUUGGCAAUUUGUUGUAGUGCGCGAGGUCAACCUAGGCAAGGGCACCCCCAAAAGUUUUCGGGAUUCUUCAACUGAAGCUCGCCCCCCGUGUGGAGAAAGCUUGAAGAUGAUGAACCAGCACAGGGAGGAGGAUGCCCUGAGAGGUUGCGCGGUCAAAAACCAGAAGGCGAUUUGGGACAAGACCCUGGAGAUGAGAUUCUUGCUGCAGAAGGCGUUUUCCACUUCUAACAAAUUGCCCCAGGAACCCAUCAAGACGAGGUUUUGCAAUCAUGAUAAGGAGAUAGAGCAAGCCUAUGAGAACUUGGUGACGUCGUCAAAGCAGACUCUGGCUAGCAUGACGGAACUGCAGGAGGCUUUGCUGGAGAGUAACCAGGCUGUGAAGGAUGCCAAUGAAAUUCCUUCUGCCCCCAAUGGAGAGAAUGACGAGUGGUCUGAAGUACAGAGGUUGCAGACAAGGAUAACGACAUUUAGAAAUACUGAGAUAGAUAAAUGGCAGAGGAAAAUACAAGUGACAACAGGUGCUGCUGCACUGAAAGGAAAGCUACAUGCAUUUAAUCAGAACAUAAGUGACCAAGUUGCUGGUUACAUGAGAGAUCCAAGCCGAAUGAUUAACAGGAUGUACUUGACCAAAUCUGCUGUUGGUGUGUUCGGAGAGGAUGUGGGAGAACAUGGAGCAGCUGAUGAGGGGCGCAUUGUGGAAGGUGAUUCUGAACUUAUUGAUGAUUCUGAGUUUUAUCAGCAACUUCUCAAGGAGUUUCUUGAGUCAUGUGAUAGAGGGGCAUCAGAGUCAGCAUUCUAUGCUCUACGAAAGCAGCAGGUGAAAAAGAGAAAGCUUGUUGAUCGCCGAGCUUCAAAGAGUAGAAAGAUAAGGUAUAAUGUUCACGAGAAGAUCACUAACUUCAUGGCCCCAGUACCCAUGGCUCUUCCUCCAAUGGCCCCGAAGUUGUUUGAGAAUUUAUUUGGCACGAGCAACUAGAAAUCCACCAAAGCGUGAACUCAAAUUUCACAUAUAACGUGUAGCAAUUUUUUGUAGUCUUGAAAUUGUAGCAUGUGCGAUGUUGCUGGACUUGAAA